CGUCGCCUUCCGAGGUCAUGCGCUGCCAUGAGCCCCGCGGCGCCCACAUCUAUCUCAUGUCUCGACACCAGCUCACUGCCCACCGGUGACGAAAAGGUGACUGCAGCAAGUCCAUACGUGGUAUACCCGGCCCUCACCGAGACAGCUUAUAAGCCCACACGCGCUUCUCUUCUCAGCAUCAGCGCCAGCCACCAUGUCGUCCAAGCUCAGCGCCUUCGACCUCAACAACGUCCAGCUUGGGUUCAACUCCCAGACGCUCGCCAUCGUCGGCGUUGCCCUUCUCGCCAUCAGCGUCGUCCAGUAUGUCCGGUACGCGCGCGGCCAGAUCCACCUCCCCGGCCCCACUCCCCUUCCUAUCUUCGGCAACCUGCUGCAGCUCGACGACGACGCGGCGCAGACCUACUACAAGUGGUCCAAGAAGUAUGGCGCGGUCUACAAGGUGACUCUCGGCGAGCGUGAGGUCGUCGUCGUCAACACGGCCGAGGCGGCAAAGUACCUCUUCGGCGACCUGGGCAACAUUUACAUUUCCCGUCCCCUGUUCCACAACUUCCACAAUGUCGUCUCGUCCUCUGCUGGCUUCACCAUCGGCUCGUCGCCCUGGGACGACUCGUGCAAGCGCAAGCGCCGUGCUGCCGCUACCGCACUGAACAAGACGGCUGUCCAGUCCUACGUCCCCAUCAUUGACCGCGAGACGCUCGCCCUCAUCGAGGACAUCUACCGCGACUGUGGCAAGGGCACAAAGGAGAUCAACCCGUACUCGUACCUGCAGCGUCUGGCGCUCAACGUCUCGCUCGUUGUCAACUACGGUGCGCGCCUGGAUGACAUUUCCGACGCCAUGUUCCACGAGAUCAUUGAGGUCGAGACGACCGUUGCCAACUUCCGCUCCCUCUCCAACGACAUGGCCGACUACGUUCCUCUCCUCCGUUACCUCCCCACCUCGAAGAGCACCGUCGACGUUGCUGAGGACGCCCGCAAGCGCCGCGACAAGUACAUGAAGAAGAUGCUGGACGACCUCAAGGCGCGCGUGGCGAACGGCACCGACAUCCCCUGCAUUAUGGGCAACAUUCUUAAGGACCCCGAGGCGCAGCUCACCGAGCUCGAGCUCUCGUCCAUCUGUCUCUCGAUGGUCUCGGCCGGCCUCGACACGCUCGCGAACACGUUCAUCUGGUCGGUCGGAUACCUCGCCAAGCACCCCGAGGUGCAGGAGAAGGCGUACAAGGCCAUCAACGACGUGUACCACGGCGCGAUCCCCGACUCGACGGAGGAGGUCGUCGAGUACAUCACGGCGCUGCACAAGGAGUGCUCGCGCUACUUCUCGGUGCUCAAGCUCGCGCUGCCGCGCGCGACGAUCGGCGACUCGGAGUGGCGCGGCGUCCACAUCCCCGACGGCACCACCGUCUUCCUGAACGCCUGGGCGAUCCACCACGACGCCGAGCGCUACGGCGACUUUGAGACCUUCCGCCCCGAGCGCUUCCUGGACAAGUCCGAGGCCAACCAGCAGGCGCACUACUCGUUCGGCGCCGGCCGCCGCAUGUGCGCCGGCGUCCACCUCGCCAACCGCGAGCUCUACGUCGCCUUCUGCAAGCUCAUCUACUUCUUCAAGCUCGAGCUCGGUUCCGAGGACUUUGACAUCAACCCCGCGACGGCGUGCUCCAACCCCCGCGGCCUCUCGAGCCAGCCCCACCCCUUCAAGAUCAGGUUUGUGCCGCGUGACGCCGACACCAUUGAGGAGUGGAUCGCCGACGAGAAGAACCGUGCCGAGCUCAAGCUCGCUGCUUCCAUGACCAACAAGCAGUAGACGACCCUCACCGUCACCAUCCCCACCCCCACACGCAUUGAAGACCCAGACUCAUUGGGAUGUCAGUAGUAGCAGAGAUUGUACUAGGGAUGAGAUAGCAUUGCACUGG